AUGCCAUUGUGGAAUAAUGUUAACCUUUUAACAUUCAAACAAGCCAGAUCCAACCUCUCAGACCUUUUCUACAAUGCCAUUUUAAAAGUAAACAAUUAUAUCAUUGAAAACAACAGCAACGGUUAUGCAUCUUAUGCCCAGCCUCAUGCUGCUUACCCAAGUGUGCCCUCCACAUACACUGGAGCUGCUUACAGUGGAUACCCUCAGCCUGGACAGACUGCUGUAGUACAGCCGCCACCCCCACCACCACAGGUGCCACCUGCACAACACCAAGCUCCACCACAGUAUCAGGUGCAGCAGCCACCACCACCACCACAGCACCAUCCGCAGUUACAGCAACCCCCUCAGCAGCAGCAGGCCUACCAGCUGCACAGUGCUGCCACACAACAGCAACCAUUACCACAGGCGACCUCGCAUUCUGUCUACCAGCCCCAAGCGCAGCAGCAGCCAGUGCAAGCUGCACCGGCUCAUUCUGCGUAUCAAGCACAGCAGACACCGCCUCAACAGCCACAGCCACCUCCCCCUCCUCAGCAGCCACAACAACCACCUCAGCCCCCACCCCAGCAGCCUCCACCCUCACAAACUUUCCAGUCAUACAAUGCUCAGAUAGCCAAGGCUCGGCCACAGCAGAUUUCGGUGCCAGCUGUGAGCCAGGUGAGUCACUCUUCGAUACCAACUCAGCAAGCUCCGCCUGCUUUUAACUACACCCAAAAUACAACUUACUCAGUUGUGACUGCUACCACAAGGACUACCAUCGGUAACGAGUAUCGGCCCCUUCUAAAGUCCCAGUAUUAUCCCUCAACCGACACCAGUAGUGGUGUGAAGGAUCUCAGCCAGACAGAGGUGUAUCAUGCGAGCAGCCAACAGCCAUCGUUGCAGGCCCAGGCCAGCCAACCGGCUGUUCAGUAUCAGUAUCAAGAACAGAUCAAUGAAUCCCGCUAUCAGUACAAAGAUACGGCCAACAAGACUGUUUACCAAGCCCCCUAUUCAGAUGCCACCCUCAAGAACCAGUAUCAGAUAAGCCCCAAACCUCCGGCCCCAUACCAGGCCACCAACAAGGCUCCAUCCCAGUACCAAGCUGCUGCUGCUGCUGCUGCUGCUGCUGCAAAACUGCCAACACAGUAUCAGUCUAAUGUGAAACCCACAAAUCAGUAUCAACAGAGCAAUAAGCUAGCUGUCUCAUACCCAACUAGCACAAAACCCCCAUCUUCAUACCAAGCAAUAAGUAAAAUCCCUUCUCAGUACACGGCUGUGUCGAAGACAGUCACUCAGUAUCAGAGUGGCACCAAGCCCCAGACACAGUAUCAGAAUACAACAACAAAGAGCCAGGUGUCCUAUCCGCCUGCUGCUAAAAUUCCAACUCAGUACCAGGGCAAAGUGAAAUCAUCGACUCAUUAUCAAAAUCAGAACAGCACAAAGCCUGCUAUCCAAUAUCAGAUUGCUUCCAAAACCCAAACCACUUACCAAACUGGUGCUACACCUCAGUAUCAAGCUCGAGGAAACCUCACAAAACCAGCGUAUCAAGCAAACCUCUCCAAACCAUCUUAUCAGUCUAACUCUAAAUCUCAUUUCCAGUCACCAUAUCAAGAAGCCAACACAAAGCCCCAAUACCAAUAUCGUAAGCCAUCUGCUACUGAAAGCCACUAUGAUCAGUACCAAGAGAGUCACCAGCUGCAUCAAUCUCAUUAUCAGUACCAGCAGAUCAACAGUACCCACGCAAUUGACUCACUGUCCAAACCUGUUGACAGGCAGGUACCGAAGGGCAGAAUCCAGAAUCUACCGGAAGCCGACACAACCAAUGGUUCGCAGUCUGUCAAUGCAGACUCAGCGUUAGAUUCUACCAAAAAUGUGGACACCUCAUCUGCUGUCACCUCUUCCACUCCUAUUUCUGCUACUGCUGACUCCUCAUCAGCCUCUCCAAAAUCUCUCCUGAAGGAAUCGUCGACGUCUGAAAUUCCUGCAGAAAAUUCUCUUCUGGAUGCAGUGAGUUCAAAUUUUGAACCGAAACUAGCAGCAGAUGACGAGAACAGACGCAAGAAGAACAUUGAAAACGGGGAGAAUGAAUCCCCUGCAAUGAAAAUUCUCAAGGAACUCAUGCAGCCUAUGCUGUGCAAGUUGUGCAAUGUUGCUAUGAAUGCUGCAAUUCAGUCAGACCAGCACUAUAAUGGCAAGAACCAUGCCAAAAAAGUGCGGCUUUUCAUGCUGAGUGGUGGCACUCAGUUGCCUGCCACCAAGAACCGCCCUGCCGUUGAGUAUAAGCCAGGACAGGAGAUAUUAGUUUUGACAAACAGUGGGAGUAUAAAUGGUGAGGACAUACUAGCAGAUGAUUCUUACACCAUUUUGCUUAUCGUCAUAGACAGCAAUUUAGCUUGCAUUGUUUCUUGUUUCAGGCACAUGGUAUCGACGAGUCACAAAAAUGAUGAAACAUUGAUAUUUGUUGCUCCUGAAUGGGAUCUAAUGUGA